CUACUAGUUAGUUCCAAAUUACAUUAUAAGUUGUUUUAUUGAAGCCAUGGGACAUCACUCUUGCUGCAACCAGCAGAAGGUGAAGAGAGGGCUUUGGUCACCCGAGGAAGAUGAGAAGCUCAUCAGAUAUAUCACCAACAAUGGCUAUGGCUGCUGGAGUGAAGUCCCUGAGAAAGCUGGGCUUCAAAGAUGUGGCAAGAGUUGUAGGCUGAGAUGGAUCAACUAUUUGAGACCCGACAUCAGGAGGGGAAGGUUUACGCCUGAAGAGGAGAAGCUGAUUAUCAGCCUUCACAGUGCUGUUGGAAACAGAUGGGCUCACAUAGCUAGUCACUUGCCUGGAAGAACAGACAAUGAAAUCAAGAAUUACUGGAACUCAUGGAUCAAGAAGAAGAUUCGAAAGCCUAAUCCAUCAUCGACUAACAUUGUCACUCCUCUUCCUCCUCCGCCCCCUCCUCCUAAUACAAUCACAACAAAUACUACUAUUCAGCCAUCGCAAUUUAACUACAAUUCCACGAACCAACUAGACUUUUUGACUCAAGAUUUUGAAGCCAAACCACAAUUCCUUCAAGAAAACACCCUAUUCUCCUCCCAGAGCCCUAUAUUUAUGUUUGAAACCACUACCUCAUUCAACGCGACUCAUGGUGAUGAUAUCAGCCUAAGGAACGAGUCGACCUUUUUCCAUAGUGCCACAGAUAUGCAAUCCGAUCAACCUUGGAACCAUCAGCAGCAACUAAUGCUCCCACCAGCAAUUCUCCCAUCUUUCACCACUACAGCUAACCUGGACUCAAUUUAUCUGCCACCAAUGAUAGACAAUACAGACGUGGUUCAAUCGAAGAAUAACACGACUGAUUAUGUGGAAAGGGAGAACAAUGUAGCAUUAGCUGAGCUGAAUGAAUGGGUUGAAAUCACUCAGCAAUCAGCAUGUCCAAGUUAUCUAUUUUGGGAAAAUACAGCUUUUGGAGAGGAAGAAACGGUGACAAACUACAAUCCGGACAUGGGAGCUCUGUUGACAUCCUUUUCUUCGUCUUUAUAAAUUGCAUGGUGUUAAUUCAGAGUUGAUUAGUACUGAUAAACUGUUUGUGUGUGUUUUUUUUUUUAUCUUUUUCUCUGGGGGAUGGGACAAUAAGCUAAUUUUUUAAUUUAAUUAUUACUCUCGAUUGAGGACUUUGUGAGGGUAAAUCAAGCUCAAGCAUAAGCAUACAUGCAUGCAGUGUUUCUUGAUCAUAUGUAAGAAUGGCAAUGCCUUCAAGGACAUAUCAUCUGUCAACAUAUACGGAAUGAACAAUAAUGUUGUUUUUGUAUUAUUUUCUUCGGGAUAUUGGAAGAGUGC